GAGCUACGACGCACUAUCGCCGGACCCUGUAUGUAAAUAAAAAAUGUCCACCAUGUUUAUUGUUAAAUCUACUAAAAAAGUGGUGCUAUAAAAAAACAGUCGCCUAAAACUUAUUAGGUAUUGAAGCAAGUAUUUACAUUUAUUACAAUGUCUGAAUUUGAAAUUCAAGAAAUUGAAGUUAAUCAUAGAAAUCUAAUUCAAAAAGUAGCCUUUGAUCAGUGUGGUUCUCGAAUGGCAACAUGUUCCAAUGAUCGCUUUGUGAAGGUUUGGGAUAAAAACAGCGAUGGUGAUUGGACACUAACAUCUAGCUGGAAGGCACACUCAGCUUCAGUCUGGAAAGUUACGUGGGCACAUCCAGAGUUUGGUCAUGUAUUGGCAACUUGUUCAUUUGAUCGUACUGCAGCUGUAUGGGAGGAAAUUGUUGGUGAUAUGCCAGGACCUCGUCAAAGAGGUACAAGACACUGGGUUGGAAGGACACAUCUAGUCGAUUCAAGGACGUCAGUUACUGAUGUGAAGUUUGGACCUAAAGCACAAGGACUACUUCUUGCAACAUGUUCAGCAGAAGGAAUUAUAAGGAUCUAUGAAGCACCUGAUGUAAUGAAUUUAAGUCAGUGGACAUUGCAACAUGAAGUUCAGUGUAAAUUGCCUUUAAGUUGUUUGACAUGGAAUCCCAGUUUGUCAAGAUUACAUCCAGCAAUGAUAGCAGUAGGAAGCGAUGACACAAAUAUGAAUAUUGGGGGAAAAGUCUUUGUUUAUGAAUACAGUGAAAAUAGUAGAAAGUGGAUUAAGUUGGAAACUAUCAGCAACAUAACAGAACCAGUCCAUGACAUAGAGUUUGCACCAAAUCUGGGUAGAAGUUUACACAUUUUGGCUGUAGCAUCGAACAAGGAUGUCAAGAUACUUACAUUGUCGCCAGUAGAGGAUGAUCAGGUAGCACAGAGUGGAUUAACAAAGUUAGACAUUCAAACAGUUGGCCAGUUCGACGAUCACGGAGGUACUGUUUGGCGAGUUUGUUGGAAUGUAACUGGCACACUUUUAACGUCUACCGGGGAUGAUGGUUGUGUUCGAAUGUUUAAAAUGCAUGGUAUUAAUUUAUGGAAACCAGUAGCGGCCCUCAAAGGUGAUGGCACGCACGUACCCACCGCUGCUGAGGCUGCUCGCAGUUCUCAAGCAGCACAAACUGCUAGGUAUAUUAAAUUAGGAUCAAUUCAGCCAAAUAGGGAACUGCGGCAUUAAAAUAAAUGCAGUUUUACAAGGAAAAUGAGCAGUGACAAGGAUAUGUUUCAUAAGGCUAAUUUGUUACCCAUGUAUGUGUAAGUGGAUUUAUAGCUCAUGCAUACUUACUACUCAAUAGUUUGAAGUUUUGAUUAUUGUAUAUAAGUUAAAAAGAAUGUGAAGAAUAGUUUUUACUGUGGCCAUAUUUUGUAAGAAAAACAUAUUGUCCUUAGGUAUUAUAUUACUUUUUAUAUUAUAAUUGAUUUUAAUAAUUUA